AUGAUCACUGUGAAUGCUUCCUUGUUCCCUAGCUCUAUUACUAAUUCGUUGAUAGCAGUUGGAAAUGAUGGCCUUCAAGAGAGAGACAGAAUGGUUCGAGCUUGUAUUGCCAUUAUCUGUGAACUAGCACUUCAAAAUCCAGAGGUGGUAGCUCUUCGGGGUGGACUAAGUACCAUCUUGAAAAACGUGAUUGAUUGUCAAUUAAGCCGAAUAAAUGAGGCUCUCAUAACUACAGUUUUGCACCUCCUUAAUCAUCCAAAGACUCGACAAUAUGUGCGAGCAGAUGUUGAAUUAGAGCGAAUUUUAGCUCCAUACACAGACUUUCACUACAGGCACAAUCCGGACACAGCAGAAGGGCAGCUGAAAGAGGACAGAGAAGCACGCUUCCUAGCUAGCAAAAUGGGAAUAGUGGCAGCAUUUCGAUCAUGGGCAGGUAUUAUCAGUUUAUGCAAGCCGGGCAACUCUGGGAUCCAGUCUCUUAUUGGGGUACUUUGUAUACCAAAUAUGGAAAUACGGCGAGGUCUACUUGAGGUUCUUUAUGAUAUAUUUCGCCUUCCUCUCCCUGUUGUGACAGAAGAAUUCAUAGAAGCACUUCUCAGUGUAGAUCCAAGUCGGUUUCAGGACUGUUGGAGACUUUCUGAUGGUUUUGUAGCAGCUGAAUCUAAAACUAUAUUACCCCAUCGAGCCAGAUCAAGACCUGACCUCAUGGAUAAUUAUUUGGCUUUGGUGCUUUCGGCUUUUAUUACUAAUGGACUUUUAGAAGGUCUGGUUGAGGUAAUUACAAGCAGUGAUGACCAUGUGUCUGUUAGAGCAACAAUCCUGUUAGGAGAACUUUUGCACAUGGCAAACACAAUCCUUCCUCAUUCACAUAGCCAUCACUUGCACUGCUUACCAACGCUAAUGAAUAUGGCAGCAUCAUUUGAUAUCCUGAAGGAGAAAAGACUACGAGCCAGUGCAGCGCUAAAUUGUUUAAAACGCUUUCAUGAGAUGAAGAAACGAGGACCUAAACCUUACAGCCUCCAUUUAGAUCAUAUUGUUCAGAAGGCAAUCUCAACACACCAAAAAAGGGAUCAAUACCGUGUGCAGAAAGAUAUCUUUGUUUUAAAGGAUACAGAGGAAGCACUUGUAAUGAAUCUUAGAGAUAGUCAAGUACUUCAUCAUAAAGAAAACCUUGAGUGGAAUUGGAAUCUGAUAGGGACCAUACUGAAGUGGCCAAAUGUAAAUCUAAGGAACUAUAAAGAUGAACAGUUGCACAGGUUUGUCCGACGAUUGCUGUAUUUUUACAAGCCUAGCAGUAAAUUGUAUGCCAACCUGGAUCUGGAUUAUGCCAAGUCUAAGCAACUCACUGUUGUGGGUUGCCAGUUUACUGAAUUUCUUCUUGAAUCUGAAGAGGAUGGACAAGGCUAUCUGGAGGAAUUGGUAAAAGAUAUUGUGCAUUGGCUCAACUCUUCCUCUGGAAUGAAACCAGAACGCAGUCUUCAGAACAAUGGGUUACUAAGCACCCUUAGUCAGCACUACUUUCUGUUUUUUGGUACACUCUCCUGUCACCCUCACGGAGUGAAAAUGCUUGAAAAAUGCAAUGUGUUUCAGUGUCUUCUUAAUCUCUGCUCCUUGAAGAACCAAGAUCACUUACUAAAACUGACAGUUUCUAGUUUGGAUUACAGCAGAGAUGGGUUAGCAAGAGUCACCCUUUCCAAAAUUUUAACUGCAUCUACUGAUAGCUGCAGGUUAUAUGCAACAAAACAUUUACGAGUAUUGUUGAGGGCCAAUGUAGAAUUCUUUAGUAACUGGGGGAUUGAAUUACUGGUGACCCAGCUGCAUGAUAAAAAUAAAACCAUAUCUUCUGAAGCACUUGAUAUCUUAGAUGAGGCAUGUGAAGAUAAGGCCAAUCUUCAUGCCCUUAUCCAGAUGAAACCUGCUCUCUCCCAUCUUGGAGACAAAGGGUUGCUUUUGCUUCUAAGAUUUCUGUCCAUUCCAAAGGGGUUUUCCUAUCUAAAUGAGAGAGGUUAUGUAACAAAACAAAUGGAGAAAUGGCAAAAGGAGUACAAUUUAAAAUAUGUUGAAUUAAUUGAAGAACAACUUAACGAAGCACUUACCACUUACCGUAAACCUAUUGAUGGUGAUAACUAUGUUCGUCGGAGCAACCAAAGAUUACAGCGGCCACAUGUCUACCUGCCAGUUCACCUUUAUGGCCAACUGGUGCACCACAAAACAGGCUGUCAUUUGUUGGAAGUUCAGAGUGUUGUUCCAGAUUUAAGUUACACUGUUCGUUCCCCGAUGUUGGAUAAGUGGGAAGGAAUUAAACAUCUGAAAGCAGCCCUUUGGGCCUUGGGAAAUAUCGGAUCAUCAAAUUGGGGCCUUAACUUGCUUCAAGAAGAGAAUGUGAUUCCUGACAUAAUGGCACUUGCCCAGCACUGUGAAGUUCUAUCCAUUAGGGGAACCUGUGUCUACGUGCUUGGUCUAAUAGCCAAAACUAAACAAGGUUGUGACAUUCUGAAGCAGCACAAUUGGGAUGCAGUGAGACACAGUCGUAGACAGCCUUGGCCAGUAGUCCCUGAUGACAUGGAGCAACUCUGCAAUGAGCUCUCUUCUAUACCCAGCACUCUUAGCUUGAACUCGGGGUCCACCAGUUCUAGGCAUAACAGUGAAAGUGAAUCUGCACCAUCAAGUAUGUUUAUCCUGGAGGAUGACCGGUUUGGCAGUACUUCUACUAGCACAUUUUUCCUAGAUAUCAAUGAGGAUGCAGAACAAACAUUUUAUGACAAACCUGGACCCUUAAAGGAUAAGGAUCGUAGUCCUUUUCCCUUUUUUGCUUCUAGCAGAUUUGUGAAGAAUCGCAUCCUAAAUUCACUUACUUUGCCUAAUAAAAAACAUAGAAGUAGCAGCGAUCCUAAAGGAGGCAAACUGUCAUCAUCAGACAGUAAAUCAGGCUUGAGGCGAAAUCGUACAGUAACAGAGCCUUCCAGUAGUAUAGACUUUACUCCUGGGGAUGAAUUCACUCCUGGGUUCAGAGUUCCUAAAAUCCAUACUUUACGCUUAGAAACUUCAUUUGUUGCGAGCAAGCACAUGGAAGAUACAGGUAGUACCCCAAGUAUUGGAGAAAAUGAUCUAAAGCUGCCAAAAGGUCUUGGAAAUGAAAAUCACAGAGAAAACACAAGCAGAGAGAGACUAAUAGGAGAUGGUUCUACACAAACACAUUUCAAGAGUCGUAGCUUAAGUUUUAAUACGGAUACCACAACAAGUGGCAUAAGCUCAAUGAGCUCAAGUCCAUCAAGGGAGACGGUGGCUGUGGACACUACAAAUGUAGACACUGACUGUGGAAGUUUGAGUACUGUGGUAAGUACAAAAACAGUUAAAACAAGCCACUGUUCAACACCACAAUCUAACCACCUGCCUCUUUCAAAAUCAAUUUCUGUAUCCCUGGUGCCGCCAGGGUCUUCUCAUACGCUUCCUCGAAGAGCACAGUCCCUUAAAGCUCCUUCUCUUGCUACCAUAAAGAGUCUUGCUGACUACAACUUUAGUUAUACAAGCUCUCGAGAUGCCUUCGGCUACGCUACACUGAAACGCUUACAGCAGCAAAGGAUGCAUCCUUCACUGUCGCAUUCAGAAGCCUUAGCAUCUCCAGCAAAGGAUGUGCUGUUUACUGACACUAUUACCAUGAAGUCUGGGAGCUUGGAUUCUCGGCUAACGCCAAGCAGGUUCAUGAAAGCUUUAAGUUAUGCCUCGCUAGAUAAAGAAGAUUUAUUAAGCCCUAUUAACCAAAACACACUGCAGCGUUCCUCCUCUGUUCGGUCCAUGGUGUCCAAUGCUACGUAUGGUAGUACUGAUGAUUACAUUGGCCUUGCUCUCCCAGUGGAUAUCAAUGAAAUAUUUCAGGUUAAGGAGACUCCUUAUUUCCAAAAGAAAACCAUGCCUCCAUUUGAUGACCGUGGAACUAGAGUCUUUGCAUCUGAUGUAGGAGGCCAUCCAUCUGGGACUGCGGAUGUUGUCAAAAGUCCCUUCCAAAUGCUUAGACAGCAGAUCAGCCUCACAGAGAUAAUGAAUACAAGUCGUUCAGAUGCCUCUCAGUUUUUAGAAAACACAGAAGACACUGGGUUACAGGAGCACACAGAUGAUAACUGCCUUUAUUGCGUUUGUAUCCAGAUACUGGGAUACCAGCAGAAUAACAGAGUGAACACUGCAUAUAGUCAUACAGAUUUUCCUGACAUUCCAUAUUCUGAUUGGUGUGGGCAGACCAUACAUAAUCACUUAGAUGUGGUUUCUCAUUCCUCAAAGUUUUCUGGGAUUUCAGGAUGUAGUGAUGCAGUAUCCCAUGGUUCAGCUAGUAGUACCAAGAGUACGGAUCUUGUACUAGGAGUAAAGUCAAUUCCAGAUGAUACACCAGUGUGCCGAAUACUGCUGCGAAAAGAAGUCUUACGCUUAGUAAUCAAUUUGAGUAGUUCAGUAGGAACAAAAGGCCAUGAAACUGGACUCCUAACCAUUAAAGAGAAAUUCCCCCAAGCAUUUGAUGACAUCUGCCUUUACUCUGAGGUGUCCUACUUGCUAGCACACUGCACAUUUCGACUGCCAUCUCGAAGGUUCAUUCAGGAGCUAUUUCAAGAUGUACAGUUUUUACAAAUGCAUGAAGAAGCAGAGGCUGUUCUAGCAACACCACCAAAACAACCAGUAAUUGACACAUCAGCUGAAUCCUGA